AUGGAGCACAUCAAGAUUGGCAAGGCUAUUGUACAAAGGGGUCAAGCUACAGACUCUGGGUUUGUCAUCUCCAUAGUGUUCCACGAGGAUUUUCGCGAUCUUUCCCAAUGGCAAUGUCAGGAAACUCAACAAAACGUCGAAAAAAUCGCUCUCGGCCUCUGCAAAGAGGACCUUAUACUGAUUAGGAACAACAUUAUCAGGAAAAAAGAAACACUAAGCAGGAACCUUCGGCAUUGGCCUCAGUGCUCUUGUUUCACACACUUUUUCGGUGAUGGACCAAAAAGGCCAUUAGUCAGGGCCGAAGUCGAGGUAAGAGAUGCCUUCAAAAUGCUUAGAGCCUACAGUACAGAUAAGAACAAAAUCAAGUAA